AUGGCGGAUAAAAAGGUAACAUCAAAUAUUCCACAUAAUCAAUAUCAAGCAAUGCAAAAUCUUAAAAGAGACCAAACAAUUGUUAUCAAAAGCGCCGAUAAAGGAGGAGCUAUAGUAAUUAUGGACAGAGAACACUAUAAAGAAAUGUCCCUAUCUCAACUCCAGGAUAAUCAGUUCUAUAAGAAACUAGAGCAAAAUCAGGAUCGGCAAACUAUGCUUAAAAUAGCAAACCUCACAAAGAAGUUUCAAAGUAACCUCACGAGAAACGAAAUUGAAUACCUUACGAAUUUUGUAGUUAAAACUAGCCAUUUUUAUGGUCUUCCCAAAAUACACAAAUGUAAAGAAAUCCAGGAAAAUGUCAAGAAAUAUAAUUCUACGUACAUAAAACUUCCUAGACCAAUUUAUCUUAAACUGAGGCCCAUCAUUGCAGGUCCCGCAUCUAGUACACAAAGAUUAAGCAAUCUGCUAGAUAUAAUCUUAAAACCACUGUGUACCAAAGUGACCAGUUAUGUUCGUGAUGAUAUGGAUUUCCUCAACUAUAUUCCACAAACAGUACCAAGAGAUACACUGCUUGUUAGUUUUGAUGUUACCAGCUUAUAUACUAAUAUUACGCAUGAUUUAGGAAUUGAGGCAAUCAAUUAUUGGUUGGAUAAAUAUCCGGAAGAAAUCGACGAUAGAUUUCCCGCAAACUUCAUCUUAGAAGGACUUAGAAUUUUACUAGAGAAUAAUAAUUUUCUCUUUGAUGACGAAAAUUAUCUACAAAUCAAAGGUACUGCCAUGGGCACCAAGGUCGCCCCUACAUAUGCUUGUUUAGUUAUGGGAUUUCUAGAAGAAAAACUUUACACUAUUUUACCGGAAACGUUUGAUCUGGACUUUACGCAGUACAUUAAAGAGAAUUGGGAAAAGUACUUGGAUGAUUGCUUCAUCUUUUGGACAAAGAGUGAAGAGAAUCUUAGAAAAUUCCAUGCGGUCAUUAAUGAAUUACAUGAUUCAAUUAAUUUCUUAAAUGACAUGAAUCGUGAUUCACUUCCUUUUUUUUUUUUAGAUAUACUCAUAAUAAAAUACGGAGAGGAUAUUUCUACAGACCUAUUCUGUAAAGAAACAGAUACUCACCAAUACUUGGACUUUCGUUCCUGUCAUCCGUCACAUACAAAAAGGAACAUUCCAUACAAUAUGGCCAGACGUAUUUGUACCAUUGUGACCCAGCCUACCCUACGCUUGAAAAGACUCCAAGAAUUAAAACAACACCUGAGGCGACAAAACUAUCCAAUAAACCUUAUUGAGGACGGAAUCAACCGGGCAAGACACACCAAUAACCCAAUUAAGAAAAAGUCGCCAUCCAGAGGUAGUAGUUCAUUCAUUAAAAACCUGUUGUUGUCAUCCCUGUUACGAAAUGACUAA